GAGUCGGCCAUUACGUACUCGAGCUUGCAAAACGCUCUCUUCUCCAGUUCGCGUCAAUUUGUUCUACGAAAAAAAGGUCAGGAUAUUGAUAAUACUUAUAGGUCGGGCAUCUGUAAAAUGGCAAAUAUAGAUGUGGAAAGGGCGAAUAAUGGUGAGUUUAAGUAUGAAGGCGACAAUGACAUGAAACCGAGAAUGAUGGAAGAUAGCGACGAUAAGGAUCAUCAAGUUGACAAAGCCGGUGAAUAUAUGCGUGAGCUUCUUCAGGAAAAGGUUCAGCUCGAUAGCCAAAAGUGUUCCAACGCAAUUCGAUUGCUAGAUCAAGAAAUACAAAAAACACAAGCAAUUGGAAAACCAUUGAAAGAUUCGAAAUAUGUGGAUAUCUAUCGUGAAAAACCAGUUCGUGUGUCUGUUAAAGUUUUGGUGCCAGUUCGCGAACAUCCUAAGUUCAAUUUUGUUGGAAAACUACUAGGUCCAAAAGGUAAUUCUCUCAAACGUCUACAAGAAGAAACAAUGUGCAGAAUGGCAGUAUUAGGUAGAGGGUCUAUGAAAGAUAGACAAAAGGAGGAAGAGUUCCGUAAUUCUUUAGAUCCAAAGUACGCACAUCUUAUGGACGAUUUACACGUGGAAAUCACUGCUCUUGCGCCACCGGCCGAAGCUUACGCCCGUAUCGCUUUUGCACUUGCCGAAGUGCGGAAAUAUUUGAUUCCCGACAACAACGAUAACAUUCGUCAAGAACAAAUGCGUGAAAUGGAGAUGACCAUGACUGACACUCCUUCCUCGGAAGAGCGAAGAGCUCCGAUGCGAGCACCUAUGGGUCCUAGUGGCAGUGGUAUAUUAAGACCUGCUGCGAGGCCGGCAAUCCCUAGACCAUCUAGAGCUAUUCUUCCACCGCCACCUGCUAAUCGUGGCCCACCUAGACCUGUGCCACCAAAAUCCAAAGUAUUCUCGAUCUUAGAUCGUGCGCGAGCUGCUGUAGAUCAAAGUUAUGGAUACGAGACACCAACUCCUCCUGCAUCAAACCGUGUUGGAUCACAUGAUUUUGACUAUCGUGGAUCAUCGUCCAGCAAUGCUCGGUACGGAGAUCGUCUUUAUUCAUCAAAUUCUGGAUAUACAACUUACGAGUAUGAAGAUGAAUCCGCACCGCAUUCUGGACACGAGUACUACGAGUCUUCAGAUUAUCCAGAGGAGUCAUCGAACCGAGCUUGGAAGUCAUACAAGACUACAUCGGCUUCGCGCUAUCGCACCACCCCAUAUACUCGACCUUCCAACGUUGUUCCCAAUCCGUUGCCAACUAAUCUUCCUAAUGCACGGCGGCCUAUGAUGCCUACGAUGCAGAAACCGAUAAACGAAAGAAAUCCUCGUCCUUAAUAAAUCAGAAGAAACAGGGGUUAACACGAUCAAUUAACUCUACUGCUGGAUAAAGAAGAACGUGUAUCUCUAACCCGUACAAAUAUAAAGAAAAUGGUUCCACUCGAGACUAUAAGUAACCUUUUCCUCAGAAUAAUUUUCCGAACAAAAAACCGUGUUCUUUUAAAAGAUGUAGUCUUAAUAGCGAAUGUCUUAAUCAGACACUCGUCAAGUUUGUCAUAACAGUAUACCGAGAAAUAUCUAUUAAUUAGAAUAAUACAAAUAUAUAUAUAUAUAUUUUUUUUUAUUAAUCGACUAUCCUUCUGAAGUAACUGUAUAUACUUGAUGCACGUCGUCAAUUUGCUUCAUACAAGUUUUUACAUCACUAUUAACACAUUCAUGCAUAUAGAGAUUUCUUCCACUGCUACUCUUCUAAUUGAUUUUUUUUUACACCUUGAUUUCCACACAAUUAAUUUUUCGAACAAACUAACUCCGUUCCUAUAAAGUCCUUUUCCUAAAAUUUUCGAAUCCGAGAGAGAGAAGAAUUUAACUAUUGACGAAGAUUAAAGGACCAAGAGGAUCAGUGGAUUAUAAAUGAAGUAAAACGGUUUAAACAAGUGUCAAAACAUAAAAACAUCAAUUAUUACGCCUACGUAAUUAUAUAUACACAAUAUUACAUGUUUAAAUAUAUAAAAAUGCAUAUUGCCUUAAUAGUUUUUCUUCGAAACGUACUUAAUGUCUUCAAAUGUCUGAAAUUGAAUUAUAAAUAACGCAUUAAAACUAAAAAAAAUUCUAAUCUAAUUAAUUUUUUUUUUAAGUUUUGAGUGACGCAUCGAAUAGUGAUAUUAGUUUCAGUCGUUUCAAUAUAAGUUUGUAUUUUUUUAUAU